AUGCGCCGGCACUCGCGCAACCACAACGCCGCCGCCUCCAAGAAGGCGCAGCAGACAGCCUCAGCACCGGCCUUGCCCAAUUCCCCGACGACCUCAACCUCCAGGCAACCAUUGGUCCCGCAGACCAACCUCAACUUCAGCUCGUCCCAGUCUUCAAUCACCUCAGACGGUUCUCGCAGCGGCUCAUCAGAACACGGGAGCUCACACAAGUCCCUGUUGGGUAGACCAAGAGACAUCCAGGAGAGCAGUGUUAUCGCAAAGGCAACCCCGGCCGGUCGCUCAGAACGGUCAAACACAGUGAGCAGUAUUCGAGAAGGCAACUCGGGAGCGAUGUCAAUGGCAGGGCAAUCGUCGUCACAGAGAUCGGCCUAUGCAUCCCAUCCAGAUCUCUACACCCACAACGCCCUCAAUUCCUUUUCCUUCGGAGCUGCAACCUCGACUUCCUCAAAGUCUCUGUCCAUUGAUCCCCUGUCUCCCCGUGACGACGCUGAUUCUGAAGAAUAUCGUUUUAAGGCCGACACAACCCCUCGCCCGUCCCUCGCAGGCCCUUCUUCCCAUUUGCCCCCAAAUAUGCCAGACCCUCUCUCCACAAUAGUCCCGCCGUCUCCACGAAGCCCCAAUCUUCGCCUCUCUCCUCAACACCGCCGCCGACGCAACUCAGCAGCCUCCACCAAUACAUUUGGCACGUCCUCUGCCUCCGCAUCGGCCACAUCCCUGUCAAGCAACCCACGAGGAGGGUCCGUAACAACACCACACACCUCAGCCAAUGAAUUCACAUCCGACGACGAGGACGACCAGUUAGAGCAUCAUCACCCCUUCACACCCAACGACUACCCCUCCAGUUCCGAUUCUGACGAAGAGUUUGACGACUAUGAUGAACGAGACGAUUCAGACCCCGAAAUCGAUGUUAGUUCAGAAAUCCACGAAGACGUUGAUCGCUUGAGUGCCUUCCAUAACCCUAGUCGUGAUUCCUUCCAAUCAGGUUUUCCACGCAAAGGCAGCCUCGCGGUUCCGAUACCUUCUCCCUCCAUUUUUGAAGGCCGCGAUCGAGAAGACAGCGUCGCAACCCUUCGUCGCCCUAGUCGCAGCCUAGAAGACCUCAAAUCGGAUAGCCUCGCACAAGCUCAGCUACACGCCACCCGCUAUGGUGAAAAUCGCCCGGUACCGCAAGCCCCCACUUCCAUGCCCGAGUCUGAUGUCGACUGGCGCGAUCUGCGGCGCCGUUCAAUCCAAAAGGAACAAGACAGGGCAAGGGAAAAUCAGUCUCAAUCAGCAACACAGCAUGGCUCUACCGCUCGCAACGAAACACCCUUAUCUUCCACAACUGCCCCUGGGACAUCGCAAACGUCCGUCCUUGACGGCUUCGAUUCAACUUGGAAUAUCAACCCAGCUACAGGAAUAGUCGACCUCGAUUGGGAUCAGUCAGAGUUAGCAGAUAUCGUUGGCGGCUUCCAAGGUCCUCGCACAGCCGAACGAUCUUUCCGGAGAAACAGUUCCAGCACAACAGAUUCUGGCCGUCGACUUAGCACCACGUCCAUCAACAGCGACCCUUUUACUCGACAUCUGAACAAAUGGGGUGGACAGCAAUACUUGGAUGAGCGCGCCAAGUGGACGUUUUCGCGAGAGAAAGCAGAUCGGGCGGAAUCGCAUCGCAUGGUCAAUGACCGCGAAAGGACCAGCAUAUCAAGCUUGUUCAAUUCUCACUCUAGUAGUUUCAGCGGUUCUUCCAGCAUAAUCGGUUCCAGCACCAACUUCCACGACCAGAUUGCCCCGUUCAGAGAUCGAAUUGGGCCCAAGGAGAAGGACAAGUCGAGGGAACCGGGAGUUUGGAAGGGGAUGGCGAUUGAUGCAGAAGAAUGGUGGUCGUCGUACUCGAAUGGGAGAUACAAGGUCGUUAGGAAAAGCAUGCCUUCAAAUGAAUCUGGGAAGCCACCUCAGCAACGUCUCAAUAUCUCCCACCACCGCACGCCUUAUGUAUUCAAACGUGAUGCUUGCGAUGGGCCCACCGUUACUAUUCACAAACACUCAAAGGCGGUUGGCUUCUCGAUUAGUCGACACUAUCGAGCCAAGGCCCCAUCGUCGUCUCAAGCUCUAGGCCGAGUGUCGACUUCUUCCCGAGCAACGCUCAAUGCCCCGGCGACUGUUGACAAGAAGAAACCAUCAAGUAUGAUUCUGCUGGCUGCGCGCAAGGUUCAAGAGGCGUACACAAGUACCACGACAACGCGCAAGCUAGAAUCGCAUGGUCUCCUGAACGAGAACGGUCGCCAAAGUGCCCGGGAUGUGGAGCGAUUGGAGAGGCUUGAAAGGGAGAGGCGCGAGAAGAAGAAGAAAGAGGCUGAGCGGGAGAAGCAACGUUUGAAGGAGUUGAAGAAGCAGGAGGCGCGAAGGAACAAGGAGAAGGCGAAAGCGUCCAAGAAGUCGCGCGGAGAGGUCGUGGCUGAUAGCUCGGAAAGUAGCACCGGAAGCGUCAGCAACGAUCACUCGACUUCUUCGCAAACCUCCUCCUACACCUCAUCUCAUUCCUCUUCGUCGUUGCAUCCUCCCAUUUCCAGUGUCAGUCGACCGUCGAUCGACUACUCUGUCAUGAGCCACGAAACGAAUUCUUCGGGACGGACUAUUGUGUGGAAUGGUCGUCGAGGUUCGGAGGAUAUCUUGGACGAUGAUGACGACGACCCCGUUCUACCUAAACCUCCUGGUAGGACGCCUCAUGGCGAGACCUACGCCACCCUCCCACCGGAAGCAUUCGAAACGUAUGCUCUCCAACAAGAGAAUCACUCCUCCAGCUUCUUCCCUUGGAACAAGAAUCGGGGGAAUUCUAUUCUCCAGCGACACAUCCAUCAAUCCUACAACCCUCCGUGGGCCGUGGCUCAUAACCGCAACUACGGCGAUCGCAAAGGCAUCGUCGAAGACCUCAACACAUCUUUCCAAGACGUUGGACUCUUACCCGCCGUCGAUGAGCAGAAAAGCUCUAGCCAGCCUUCUAAACGCAAGCGAUACCAACAAAGCGAGACGAAGAGCUCGAGCAGCAAACAUACCGUCGAACCACCUAGUGUCUUCCACAGUUUCUCGUCCGAAUACCUGUACAUGCUCCUCCCUCUCUGGCCUGGCGAAACCGACUUCAUCUCGGCUCAGAAACACCCCUUCCAUGUUCCUUUUAUUCCCGUCGAAGAACGUCAAUACCUUCUGAUCUACUAUAAACCCGACGACGUCCCUCCACCCGAAACCGAGAAAGGCAAAGGUGUCCUCCGCGAAAGCAAGAAACGAUCCCGAACCUCGCCUACCUCUUCCCGCGACUCUGUAGGCAAGGCGGGUGAAAAGUAUGUUCUGUACGACAAGUUCCACUUCUGUGCCCGGAUCGUAACGUAUAGCGAUAUCCAAGGGUCGGGCGUGCGCAGUCCUGAUGCAGGUCUGUCCGUUCUGGGUCCGCUUCAAGACGCGUACGAUUCGAUGCCCACACAUGCCUUGAUCGACACGUUCCAAGUCAUCGGUGUGUGCUCCUCACGGGAGAAGGGUAUCGAGUUUGUUCCGGAGGGGUUGGAGAAGCUUGGGUUGACUAGGAGGAUACCUGACCCCACUUUCUCGAGGGACGACACGGAUGAUAUCAGCAGUUUGGCCAAGUUCAGCAUGAGGAGCAUCGAGGAACAAGACGAGCCGUCGGAUUCGAUCUUGACUUUGACGCCGAUUGGAAGGGCGGUGGUAGAGAUGGCCUGGUUGGGAGCUAUGGCUCUUACGAGCUUUGGACCGGGUGUCUAA